AUGGCGCUGUCGUCUGCAGGAGGAACAAAGAAGAAAGUUUGCUAUUAUUAUGAUGGUAAGAUUUGAUGUUAUGUAUCUCAGUGGUUUCCGGAGUAUUAUUUGUUGAUUCGGCGAGGAUUCGGUGGUCGAGAGAAGUGCCGUAGUCGAGCUAGCUACCAAGUGGUUAGCCUGCUAUCAUUAGCUAGCUUGCUAAGUUGGUUGCUAGUUACCUGGUUAGGAAGAAUACUUUAGUUAGCUAGCCAAAGCAACUUGAGAUAGUCGUUUAAUUAUUUUGUAAUGUUGCACAAUCAGCUGAAUUGCCGAUAUCUCGGUAACUAGGAAGUUGAGUAUACUCAUUUGUGGCAACUUGGCUGGCUAGCUAACGUUAGCUCGCUAGCUAAGUGAACUUGUAGUCUUAUAACCAAUUGACUAGCAAAACUAGCUACCGUUAGAUAAUGGUUAGUAAUACUAAUGAGUGUCCUUGAAUCACGAACUUCCUCUUGACAUUUAGCUACACCAUUUGUUUUGUAAAGUGGGGUUAUCAGUUAAACGAAGCCUGCGGUGUUUGAUAGUGAACUUUGUGGGUAGUAGCGAAUUGUGCAGGAGGUGGUGUUGAGACAGUAAUUCGCUGUGUCUGUGCCAUGAAGAUUCAGACCUCUUUGCAGAGGUUGAUCAUUUGAUUCGUUAUUAAAACUAUUAUAGAUGAGUUGUUUCGUACUGUGCAGUUACCAGGCUGCAUGCUUGAUUCGGGCUUGAUAGGGCUGGGCAAAAUAAAAUAAAAACCUGUGCUCAAAGCGGCAGGAAGCCAAGAGGUUAAGAGCGUUGGGCCAGUAACCGGAUGGUCGCUGGUUCGAAUCCUAGAACCGACCAGAUGGGGGGGGGGGGGAAAAAAUAUGUCUAUGUGCCCUUGAGCAAGGCACUUAAUCAUAUUUGCUCCUGUAAGUCGUUCUGUUAAGAGGGUCUGCAAAAUGACUAAAAUGUAAAGCCCAGAGCUACCGUACCUCUGGGCUAGGGGAAGGAAAUAUGGUUUGUUGUUUGUCUAAACCUGUUUCUUUCUUCUCCCCAGGCGACGUGGGUAAUUAUUACUAUGGUCAGGGUCAUCCCAUGAAACCCCACAGGAUCCGUAUGACCCACAACCUGCUGCUCAACUAUGGACUGUACAGGAAGAUGGAGAUAUACGUGAGUACAACAGCCACAGGGGACUAUAUAUAUAUAUAUUAUUUUUUCCCCUCCUUAGAUUAGUUAGAUAUUUAUUAUAUAAUUAAGCAAUAAGGCCUGAGGGGGUGUGGUAUAUGGCCAAUAUACCACGGCUAAGGGCUGUUCUUAGGCAGUGCCUGGACACAGCCCUUAGCCGUGGUAUAUUGGCCAUAUACCACAAACCCCCGAGGUGCCUUAUUGCUAUUAUAAACUGGUUACCAACGUAAUUAGAGCAGUAAAAAUAAAUGUUUUGUCAUACCUGUGGUAUACCACGGCUGUCAGCCAAUCAGCAUUCAGGGCUCGAACGAACCAGUUUAUAAAUAAAUGUAUACAGCAAAAAGAUAUCGGGACACCUUGCAAUCAUGAGGCAGUAUGCGUCUACAAAUGCAGACCGCACUUGCUACAAAGUUACAGAAAGCUAAACCAACAACUACACAAACUGAAAUUGGAUACAUAGUAAACGCAGAACCAACGAGGUGUUGAGUGAUGAACAUUAAUUUCUCUGGUCCCUACUGUUGAAGUCAUGAUGCAAUGGCGCUAUGCUGUCAAAUCGUCCCAAGUUUCUAGUUUGACCAGUUGUUUUCAGCAACGGAUAUUUUUUAAUUUGGUUGUCAUAUUGGCAGGUUUGCUAUCAACAAACUAUUUAGCUAGCUUCUAGCAUAGUGUUUGAUAUGCAAUGCGAUCUCCUCGUAAUUAACAGUCAGUGUUGAUGAAUGUCCUGAAGGGAAGGCAAACUUUUCUAGCUAUGCCAGGCAAAAUCGGCUAUUAAUCAGCUCAUUGUUAUGGAUGUAUACAAAUUAAUGAAAAUAGAAAACAGCUACUUGGCUGUUAUUCUGUCUGCAGAGGUCGUGACUGUGUUAUGCCUUGAUCACACCGACAGCGUUAUUGCGCAAAAUGGUACACUGCAUCAUCUGGAUAUGUGUGCAACAACAGUUCAACGUUCACCUUCUGCUACCGUUUCUGUCAAGCCGUCUAUGCAUACAGUUUGAGGCAAACGUUGGAUAAAUCCAAUAUAUGCAACUGCCUCUACAACGCAAUCUACACACAACACCCCAUAAUGACAAAGCAAAAACAGGUUUUUAGAAAUGUUUGCUAAUUUAUAAUAAAUAAAAUAAAAACGCUUUACUCAGUACUUUGUAGAAGCACCAUUGGCAGCGAUUACAGCAUCGAGUCUUCUUGGGUAUGACGCUACAAGCUUGGCACACCUGUAUUUGGGGAGUUUCUCCCAUUCUUCUCUGCAGAUCCUCUCAAGCUCUGUCAGGUUGGAUGGGGAGCGUUGCUGCACAGCUAUUUUCAGGUCUCUCCAGAGAUGUUAGAUCGGGUUCAAGUCCGGGCCACUCAAGGACAUUCAGAGACUUGUCCUGAAGCCACUCCUGCAUUGUCUUGGCUCUGUGCUUAGGGUUGUUGUCCUGUUGGAAGGUGAACCUUCGUCCCAGUCUGAGGUCCUGAGCGCUCUGGACCAGGUUUUCAUCAAGGAUCUCGCUUUACUUUGCUCCGUUCAUCUUUGCCUCGAUCCUGACUAGGCUCCCAGUCCCUGCCGUUGAAAAAGAUCCCCACAGCAUGAUGCUGCCACCACCAUACUUCACCGUAGGGAUGGUGCCAGGUUUCCUCCAGACGUGAUGCUUGGCAAUCAAGCCAAAGAGUUCAAUAUUUGUUUCAUCAGACCAGAGAAUCUUGUUUCUCAUGGUCUGAGAGUCUUUAGGUGCCUUUUGGCAAACUCCAAGCAGGCUGUCAUGUGCCUUUUACUGAGGAGUGGCUUCCCGUCUGGCCACUCUACUAUAAAGUCCUGAUUGGUGGAGUGCUGCAGCGAUGGUUGUCCUUCUAGAAGGUUCCCCGAUCUCCACAGAGGAACUCUGGAGCUCUGUCAGUGACCAAGGCCCUUCUCCCCCGAUUGCUCAGUUUGGCCGGGCGGCCAGCACUAGGAAGAGUCUUGGUGGUUCCAAACUUCUUCCAUUUAAGAAUGAUGGAGGCCACUGUGUUCUUGGGGACCUAAAUAAAGGUUAAAUAAAAAAUAAAAAAAUAUGCUGCAGAAAUGUUUUUGGUACCCUUCCACGGAUCUGUGCCGGACAAUUCCUUCGACCUCAUGGCUUGGUUUUUUUCUCUGGCAUGCACUGUCAACUGUGGGACCUUAUAUAGAAAGGUGUGUGCCUUUCCAAAUAAUGUCCAAUCAAUUGCAUUUCCAACAGGUGAACUCCAAUCAAGUUGUAGACUGCACUGUCGGAACUAGAAGCACAAGCAUUUCGCUACACUCCCAAUAACAUCUGCUAACCAUGUGUAUGUGACCAAUACAUUUGAUUUGAUUUGAGAAACCUCAAGGAUGAUCAAUGGAAACAGGAUGCACCUGAGCUCAAUUUCGAGUCUCAUAGCAAAGGGUCUGAAUACUUAUGUACAUAAGUCAGCAAAAAUGUACACACCUGUUCUUGCUUUGUCGUUAUUUGGUAUUGUGUGUAGAUUGCUGAGGAAUUUAUUUUAAUUUAAUCCAUUUCAGAAUAAGGCUGUAACGUAACACAAAUUUGGGAAAAAGUCAAGGGGUCUGGUAGCUUAGUGGUUAAGAGCGUAGUGCCAGUAACCGAAAGGUCGCUGGUUCUAAUCCCCAAGCCGACUAGGUGAAAAAUAUGUCGAUGUGCCCUUGAGCAAGGCACUUAACCCUAAUUUGCUCCUGUAAGUUGCUCUGGAUAAGAGCGUCUGCUAAAUGACUAAAAUGUAAUGUAAUGUCUGAAUACUUUCCGACGGCAAACUGAAGCUGGACUUCUGGCCUGGACUUCUGGCCUGGACUUCUGGCCUGGACUUCUGGCCUGGACUUCUGGCCUGGACUUCUGGCCUGGACUUCUGGCCUGGACUUCUGGCCUGGACUUCUGGCCUGGACUUCUGGCCUGGACUUCUCAUUCUCCUUUAACACGCUAAAUGUUCUACACACGUCUGAAGUAACAUUCUGUAUAGUUCAGCUGUCCUGAAGUCCUAAUAGACUUAUACAAGUGUAAACGGGAUAGUUGUGGACGACGAGUUUUCUGACCGUCAAUAUAUUUUUCGUUACUGAAAAUAUUAUGGAAACCUGAAAUAGGGGAAACGUUUUUAGCAACCAGGUAAUGGUGGAGUGUUUUUUUCUUUUUUCUACUGACUUUUCCCCUCUGUCUGACCCUUGUCCAGAGACCUCACAAGGCCAACGGAGAGGAGAUGACCAAGUACCACAGUGACGACUACAUCAAGUUCCUGCGUUCCAUCCGGCCAGACAACAUGUCAGAACACAGCAAGCAGAUGCAGAGAUGUGAGUAGCAGACAGUGUUUUUCCCCUAGCAUUGCUCAGGUGUGGGGGUGCAUUUUUAAAGUUAGAUGGGUUCACCCCGAAAACCAUCGUUGAUCAUACGUUGUAAUGCCUUGUUUGUCACAUGUUUUCAUAUGGCCUAAUGUUGAGCUGAGUCUAGGCUAUGCUCCACACUCACAUCUGUUGUGUAGGUACUGCUUUAUGCAUUGGAACGAAUCUGCAGGCCUCAAUCACACAUCUCAAAUGAAUGUCUUCCAUCCUUGUUGUUCUCUAACAGUCAAUGUAGGAGAGGACUGCCCAGUGUUUGACGGCUUGUUUGAGUUUUGUCAGCUCUCAACGGGAGGCUCUGUCGGUAAGUCUCUCGUUCGUUAUCUAUUUUCUCCAUGUUUAGCCUCUUUCUCUGUCUGACUUCUGUUGUCUGUCUAUCCCCCCCCCCCCCGUAGCAGGGGCAGUGAAGCUGAACAAGCAGCAGACGGACAUCGCCAUCAACUGGGCCGGAGGACUCCAUCACGCCAAGAAGUCCGAGGCCUCUGGGUUCUGCUACGUCAACGACAUAGUCCUCGCCAUCCUGGAGCUGCUGAAGUAAGAGGCUCACCCACGCCGUCGUCUUGUCUGCGUCUUUUCACUUUUGGGGAAAUACUGAAAAGAAUGGUGUAGUGUCUCUUGAAAUGUAAAUGACAACCUGUUCUCAACUGGCUUACCUGGUUAAAUAAAGGUGAAAUAAAAUAAAAAAUAAAAAAAAGGAAUAGUCCCCAUGCUCUGAUGAGAAACCUAGAUAUGAGUGUAUUCACUGAAUUGCAUUGUCUUUCCUAUCAGGUGAUAUGAAUAUGUAAUGAGUUGUCUUGUCCGUCAAAUCAGGUACCACCAGAGGGUGUUGUACAUAGACAUCGACAUUCACCAUGGAGACGGAGUGGAAGAGGCGUUCUUCACCACAGACCGGGUCAUGACUGUCUCCUUCCACAAGUAUGGAGAAUACUUCCCUGGCACCGGAGACCUGAGGGUAAGUCUGUGUGGAAAAAAUACAAAUCGGGGGGGGGGGGGGGGGGGGGGGGGGUGGGUGUGUGUCGGAUUGAGUCAUUUUGUAUUCCAGUAUGUACAAUAACGUGUGUGUUUUUUAGGACAUUGGAGCAGGAAAGGGGAAAUACUAUGCUGUAAACUACCCUCUCAGAGACGGCAUCGAUGAUGAGUCUUAUGAAGCCAUCUUCAAACCUGUAAGUCUGCUGCUGCAAGUCAUUCAAUGUUUUGGUUCCUUUUGGGGUCAAAUGGAUUCUACCUUUUUUGUGUGUGUAUCUCACUUUUAUACAUUUUAUCGUUACUGUGUACUAGGUGAUGGCUAAAGUGAUGGAGAUGUUCCAGCCCAGUGCAGUGGUGUUGCAGUGUGGAGCGGACUCUCUCUCAGGAGACCGACUGGGCUGCUUCAACCUCACCAUUAAAGGUAAAACACACACACUGAAGGAGGGCUGUCUUUAUGGGCUGUGACGGUCAUGGAAUUUUGGAUAGCUGUUAUUGGUCAGCCAAAUGACCGCCGUUAUAAUCGUUUAAAUAAAUGCAGCAAGGGGGCGUUGCCUACGCAACCAAAGACUUGUUUGCUACAACACCUUGUUACUGUGGAAAUGGAAUCGACCGCGCGAAUGCCCCGGGCCGUUCCGUCUUCAGUCAGCUGUCCGUGCCACCAAAAUAACUUAUUUUUAUUUUCACGACGGUCUUCAUCCAUAAUCGUCGGUUAUAUGUUAAUUGUGCAAGCCCUAGCUGUCUUACCUGUGAACUGGUCAGCGCCUGCAUGACUCUUUGGUCUGGUUCGGAUGUUAGCGUAGGGUUGCAUCUGUACUCACGAACCAUUUAUUCUAGUGUUUUUCUAACAGUUUGAAGGUGAUUUGAAGUAUUCACACCCCUUCUCUUUCCACAUUUUGUGUUAUAGCCUGCAUUUAAAAUUAAAUUGAGAUACAAUACCCCAUGUCAAAGUGGAAUUAUGUUUUUAGACAAUUUUACAAAUUAAUAAAAAAUGAAAAGCUGAAAUUUACAUUUUAGUCAUUUAGCAGACGCUCUUAUCCAGAGCGACUUACAGUUAGUGAGUGCAUAAAACAAUUUCAUACUGGUCCCCCGUGGGAAUCGAACCAACUACCAACUGAGCUACACGGGACCAGAAAUGUCUUAAGUAUUCAACCCCUUUGUUAUGGCAAGCCUAAAUAAGUUCAGGAGUAAAAAAAAAGUUGGGUCAAAUAAUAGGUUGCAUGGACUCUGUGUGCAAUAAUAGUGUUUAACAUGAUUUUGGAAUGACUACCUAAUCUCUGUACCCCACACAUACAGAUAAUUGUAAGUUCCCUCAGUCGAGCAGUGAAUUUCAAACACGGAUUAAACCGCAAAGACCAGGGAGGUUUUCCAAUGCCUCGCAAAGAAGGGUUCCUAUUGGUAGAAAAGCAGACAUUGAAUAACCCUUUGAGCGUGGUGAAGUUAUUAAAUACACUUUGGAUGGUGUAUCAAUACACCCAGUCACUACAAAGAUACAGGCGUCCUUCCUAACUCAGUUGCCGGAGAGGAAGGAAACCACUCAGGGAUUUCACCAUGAGGCCAAUGGUGAGAGUUUAACCUCUUUUUAAGGAUUACACCCUUCUUUUCAAUUUCCUCCUAAAAUGACAUCCCCAAAUCUAACUUCCUGUCGCUCAGGACCUGAAGCAAGGAUAUACAUAUUCUUGAUACUUUUUGAAAGGAAACACCUUUUGAAGUUUGUGGAAAUGUGAAAUUAAUGUAGAACAUAACAUAAUAGAUCUGGUAAAAGAUAAACAAACAAAAAAACAAGUUUUCUGUUUUUAGUUUUGUUGCAUCAUCUUUGACAUGAAAAAUAAAAGCCAUAGAUUCAGAUAGGAAGCUGGAGGUAAUUUAGAUGUUGUCCACAAGAGGUCAACAGUGUAUGUGCAAAGUUUCGGACGGAUACCUUCAAGAAUGAGCGAGCUAAAUAACAUUUAGUAUGAAGUCACCCAGGUGUCCCUCACGAGUUUGCCCAAAUGUACCCAAGUGGCCGAAUUGGUAAAUUUGAUACAUUUUCAAGUACAUAACUAUAGAGAACGUUCAAAAAUUCCAAAAAUACUUCCCUACAUAAGAGACUAACCUUCACACAUCUAGAUGGCCGGAUGGGGUGGGAGCCAGAGAACAGCAGCAGGGGUCUGACUGAAUGAACUAGUUUCUACUGGAGGACUUGAAUGUGGUCUCUUUGGUGUUGGCUCCCAGAGGCCAUCUGAGUCAGUCUCUAGCACUAUAGAAGAUUUAAAAAAAAAAAAUCUGUAAGAACUCAAGUUGACUAUUACUUAUUUUAUUGAACCUUUAUUUUAGCAGGGGGUGAGCCCUGCAUCAAUACUUUUACGGAUGAGCCCUGCAUCAAUACUUUUACGGAUGAGCCCUGCAUCAAUACUUUUACGGAUGAGCCCUGCAUCAAUACUUUUACGGAUGAGCCCUGCAUCAAUACUUUUACGGAUGAGCCCUGCAUCAAUACUUUUACGGAUGAGCCCUGCAUCAAUACUUUUACGGAUGAGCCCUGCAUCAAUACUUUUACGGAUGAGCCCUGCAUCAAUACUUUUACGGAUGAGCCCUGCAUCAAUACUUUUACGGAUGAGCUCUGCAUCAAUACUUUUACGGAUGAGCUCUGCAUCAAUACAUCAAAUAAACAACACUUAUCUAUAAACAUAUUAUGUAGAGUUUGGGGAACACAAUCACUAUAAUGAAAUAUGUUUAUAAACAUAUUGUAGGUCUGUGCCCUAUUUACUAUUAUAAUAUAAUAUUUUUUUAAUAAUAUAAUUUAUUUUGGUACAGACCUAAAAUGUAUUAGCACAGCCAUUGUGUAUUUUAUGUUGACUGAGUCUCUAUAGAAGAUUACAAAAAUUCAGUAAGAACUCAAGUUGACACUUACUUAUUUUAUUGAACCUUUAUUUUAGCAGGGGGUGAGCUCUAGCCAAUGUGUAUUCUAUGUUGUACAUGCUGUGCCUGUGGUUUUCGAGUGCCCUAUUUACUAUUGGUAAACAUAUUUCAUUAUAGUGAUUAUAUACAGUACCAGUCAAACGUUUGGACACACCUACUCAUUCAAGGGUUUGUCUUUAUUUUUUACUAUUUUCUACAUUGUAGAAUAAUAGUGAAGACAUCAAAACUAUGAAAUAACACAUGGAAUCAUGUAGUAACCAAAAGUGUUAAACAAAUCCAAAUAUAUUUGAGAUUCUUCAAAUAGCAACCCUUUGCCUUGAUGACAGCUUACGAGACUCAUAAUUGAGCUCAGGUAGAAGGCACAUGACAGCCUGCUUGGAGUUUGCCAAAAGGCACCUAAAGGACUCUGACCAUGAGAAACAAGAUUCUCAGGUCUGUUGAAACAAAGAUUGAACUCUUUGGCCUGAAUGCCAAGUGUCACGUCUGGAGGAAACCUGGCACCAUCCCUACGGUGAAGCAUGGUGGAGACAGCAUCAUGCUGUGGGGAUGUUUUUCAGCGGCAGGGACUGGGAGACUAGUCAGGAUCGAGGGAAAGAUGAACGGUGCAAAAUACAGAGAGAUCCUUGAUGAAAACCUGCUCCAGAGCGCUCAGGACCUCAGACUGGGGCGAACGGUUCACCUUCUAACAGGACAACGACCCUAAGCGCACAGCCAAGACAACGCAGGAAUGGCUUCGGGACAAUUCUCUGAAUGUCCUUGAGUGGCCUAGCCAGAGCCCGGACUUGAACCCGAUCUAACAUCUCUGGAGAGACCUGAAAAUAGCUGUGCAGCGACGCUCCCCAUCCAACCUGACAGAGCAUGAGAGGAUCUGCAGAGAAGAAUGGGAGAAACUCCCCAAAUACAGGUGUGCCAAGCUUGUAGCGUCAUACCCAAGAAGACUCAAGGCUGUAAUCUCUGCCAAAGGUGCUUCAACAAAGUACUGAGUAAAGCGUCUGAAUACUUAUGUAAAUGUCAUAUUUCAGUUAAUUUUUUUUAAUAAAUUUGCAACAAUUUCUAAAAACCAGUUUUUGCUUUGUCAUUAUGGGAUAUUGUGUGUAGAUGGAUAAAAAAAAAUUUUUGAAUGAAUUUUAGAAUAAGGCUGUAACGAAACAAUGUGGAAAAAGUCAAGGAGUCUGAAUACUUUCCAAAUGCACUGUACCUUUCAGCAGGACAAUAACCUAAAACAGAAGGCCAAAUAUACACAGGAGUUGCUUACCAAGACGACGUUGAAUGUUCUUGAGUGGCCUAGUUACAGCAAGACUUUAAUGGCUGUCUAGCAAUGAUCAACAACCAACUUGAAGAAUGUAAAAAAAAAAAAGUGCAAAUAUUGUAUAAUCCAGGUGUGCAAAGCUCUUAGACUUACCCAGAAAGACUCACAGCUGUAAUCGCUGCCAAAGGUGACUCUAACAUGUAUUGACUCGGGUGUGUGAAUACUUGUGUAAAUUAGAUAUUUCUGUAUUUAAUUUUUAAAAAUGGUCAAACAUGUUUUCACUUUGUUGUUAUGGGGUAGUGUGUGUGUGUGUGUGUGUGUGGAUGGGUGAGAAACACAACCAUGUAGAAUAAGUCAAGGGGUUUGAAUAAUUUCUGAAGACGCUGUGUUUCAGGCCAUGCUAAGUGUGUGGAGUACAUGAAGAGUUUCAACCUGCCUCUGCUGAUGUUGGGAGGAGGAGGUUACACCAUCCGUAACGUGGCCCGCUGCUGGACCUACGAGACCGCCGUGGCUCUGGACAGCACCAUACCGAACGGUACGCACACACAGGAAAUACUAAUCUAUGUACUCUGACCUGAAGAGAUUGUUACCGUGUUGUUAAUUUACAAAGUCCUACCUGAAAGUGUACUUCAGACUUUGUUUAGUAAGAUGUUACACUUCUUCGUUUUGACUUCUAGCAGUGUAAAGAUGCUCUGUUCAUGGAUGACCUUUAACCUGGUAGGUUGUUGAGAACGCGUUCUCUUUUACGAUAACAACCUGACGAUCUCUCUUGUCCUGUUUUUAGAGCUGCCAUACAACGACUACUUUGAGUACUUUGGCCCUGACUUCAAGCUCCACAUCAGCCCGUCUAACAUGACCAACCAGAACACCAAUGAUUACCUGGAGAAGAUCAAGUAAGUUACACAGACAGACGGAGACACACAGACAGACGGAGACACACAGACAGACGGAGACACACAGACAGACGGAGACACACAGACAGACGGAGACACACAGACAGACGGAGACACACAGACAGACGGAGACACACAGACAGACGGAGACACACAGACAGACGGAGACACACAGACAGACAGAGACACACAGACAGACAGAGACACACAGACAGACAGAGACACACAGACAGACGGAGACACACAGACAGACGGAGACACACAGACAGACGGAGACACACAGACAGACGGAGACACACAGACAGACGGAGACACACAGACAGACGGAGACACACAGACAGACGGAGACACACAGACAGACGGAGACAGACGGAGACACACAGACAGACGGAGACAGACGGAGACACACAGACAGACGGAGACAGACGGAGACACACAGACAGACAGACACACAGACAGACGGAGACAGACGGAGACACACAGACAGACGGAGACAGACGGAGACACACAGACAGACGGAGACAGACGGAGACACACAGACAGACAGACACACAGACACUCUGGUACACACUAAACGUCUCUCUCCCUCCCCAGACAGAGGUUGUUUGAGAACCUGCGCAUGCUGCCCCACGCCCCUGGGGUCCAGAUGCAGCCCAUCCCAGAAGAUGCUCCACACCCGGACUCUGGAGAGGAGGAGGACGAGGACCCUGACAAACGCAUCUCCAGUAAGCGCGCACACACACACACACACACACACACACUAGCUCAGGGAUAAUGAACUAAAUAAGGGCAGAUAUGUUUGUCUUUUAUGUUUUUUGAGAGGAUGGUCAGGGGGCCGGAACAUAAUUACAAAUCAUUUGUAGACUGCAAAUUGAUCGCAAGAAGCCCUAACGUAUAUAUUUGACUAAAACAAUAAUUUCAAACCUUGCUUACGUUUGUAUACGAUCACUUAUAUCUCGCCAAUAGGCGUGGGAAUACUUUGGAUCAAAUAAAAUCACCCUGCGGGCUGCCAGUUGGAGAACUAUGCUCUAGCUCGAGAGUUCUGUCACAUCUCACCACUGUUUUGUACUUGUUCUGAAUCUUGUCUCUUACUGAAUUGUGUUUUCCUGUGUAGUCAGGGCCCAUAAGAGGAUAGUGAUGAUGAUGAUGCUAUUGUUUCUGUCAGGGCCCAUAAGAGGAUAGUGAUGAUGGUAUUGUUUCAGCCAGGGCCCAUAAGAGGAUAGUGAUGAUGGUAUUGUUUCAGUCAGGGCCCAUAAGAGGAUAGUGAUGAUGGUAUUGUUUCAGCCAGGGCCCAUAAGAGGAUAGUGAUGAUGGUAUUGUUUCAGCCAGGGCCCAUAAGAGGAUAGUGAUGAUGGUAUUGUUUCAGCCAGGGCCCAUGAUAAGAGGAUAGUGAUGAUGAUGAUGAUGGUAUUGUGUUUCAGUCAGGGCCCAUGAUAAGAGGAUAGCCUGUGAAGAGGAGUUCUCUGACUCUGAGGAUGAGGGACAGGGAGGAGGAGGAAGGAGGAACGCUGCCAACCACAAGAAAACCAAACGAGUCAAGACUGAGGAGGAGAAGGAGGAGGCAGAGGAGAAGAAAGGUGAAGUAAACUCCUCACACACACCGUGACUGGCCCAGGACACACCCCGUGACUGGCCCAGGACACACCACCGUGACUGGCCCAGGACACACACCGUGACUGGCCCAGGACACACCCCGUGACUGGCCCAGGACACACCCCGCGUGACUGGCCCAGGACACACCCCGUGAAUUGGCCCAGGGACACACCCCGGACUGGCCCAGGAACACCCCCGGACUGGCCCGGACACACCCCGUGACUGGCCCAGGACACACCCCGUGACUGGCCCAGGACACACCCGUGACUGGCCCAGGACACACCCCGUGACUGGCCCAGGACGCUCGACCUGACGCCACCGUGACUGGCCCAGGACACGUGACAUAACAUCCGAUGAACAUUCUUUUUUGGUUUUCCCCAGAAGUGAAAGUGGAGGAGAAAGAUCCAGAGGAGAAGAUGGACACAGCAGGGUGAGUAGUGACCACAACACCGCAUACUUCACUUUAAAUGGAAUAUAACUCAUCUAGGAAUAGUGGCUUAUGUGUCCAGUCUUAGCCCAGUCGUAUGUAUCCAGUCUUAGCCUAGUCAACUGUUUCUUAAUUUCACCACCAGGCCAAAAGAAGAAACCAAGACGUCUUGA